UUCUGGAGGAGGGCCACUGGAACAAAAUCUGUACACAAAAGUUUCCUAACUAGCCUUCAUGAAAGCAAAGCAGGCAAGAAUGACAGCUAAUUAGUCACGUCAUGUUUCUGUUGUAUACUGAGUAUAUGUAUGCACGCUGUUAUUUAUUCACAAAAGACUAUAUUUGGAUCUUCAAUUCAGCCUAAUGACAGGUUGGGUAGGAAUGUUGCUAUCGCUUCAUGUCAGAGGGGAUUUUUGUAAGAGUAGGCGGAUACCUGAGAGAGAAAAUGAAACUCUCUGAUGUCAGGAUUUGGAUCUAAUCUACAGCAACGACAAUACAUUUACUGAACUGACGGUAACAACUUCUGAAAUUGACACAUUUUGUUGUUCUAGGUUUGUCGAAGUGUUGUCAGUAGGUGAAAAGAGUUGUUGUCUCGCGACAAUAAAAUCCUGAAAUCAGUUUCGUUGUGUUUGAAGAGGAACUGACAUUGGCUGACUGGCUGUGAGUCAGACAAACCAGGACACAUUUGGAUAAAAUCAAAGGUCGAAGAGAGCCGACACUGUUGAGACAUCGGGCUGUGUCAGGACACGGUCAUCAGACUGACCUGACUGACCUCAUCCCAUCCUAAUCAUCCUAUGGUUCAUCGAUACAGCCGUCAUGGAUCAAAAACAGGAUGUGUUUUUCAUAAUUACCGAAAGAGGCAAAGGGGUACCCCUUUAUGUCGAUCCAGGCAAGAUAUGCUAUAUCAACGAGCAACGUUAUCUAAGUCUACUAUCUCAAGAGUCAGAGUCACAAAUUUUGCCAGUGAAAUUUCUUGGUGAUUCCCUUGAAUACAAGGUGGAUGUGGGUUGUCUGCACCAGCUGACUGCUGUAUAUGCAGGCUUUCUCCAGGCAAUAGACGUAGAUGCGGAGAGACUAGAUGCCCUUCUGAAGAAAGAUGCUUUAGAGGCAGCAGCAGCACUGAAGGUGGAUAGCCCUGUUCUUGUGGAGAGAUAUGGGGUCUGGAACCCAGGCACUGUCCGAUACAUUGGAAGCAGGAACAAGGGAGCCUACUAUGACUGCAUUUCUGGUACAUUCUUCAGGAUUGAUCUGGGCGAAGGUGAUGAAGUCUGGGUGCCGUUCACCCAGGUGAAGCCUGAUGUCCAGGUACCAUUCACCCAGAUGAAGCCUGAUGUCCAGUCUGCUAUGGAGCCAGCCCCCCUGUCCGUUCCAGAGCAGGCCCCCAAGCCACCCCCUGAGGACCCCGUGCAGGAGGGGGACAGGGUCGUCUUCUUCACAGACCACGAGAAGAGAGCCCGGCGGGGCAUGGUGAUGGAGGUGAAGCAGACCAAUGGAGAGAUGAUGGCUUACAUCUCAACCGACCGGGAUGAGCAAGGUGGGAAGGGUGGAGACAUCACUCUUCCCAUUGGCUGUGUCCUGAAAGAAAAGUAUCACCCCUCAGAUAUGGAGUCUAUGGCUCCAUACCAGCAGCUACAGGACACAGGGAUGGUGAAUGGCAGCUCCAUCACCCUCUACUCCCGUGUGAGGGUAAAGCUGGCCAAAGGAUUCGAGUACGGAGUCGUCCGGUGGAUAGGAGAGCUGCCUAAAUUGGAGGGCACAAGAUUGGGCCUGCAGCUGGACUCAAAGAGUGGAGUGAGUGAUGGCACCUUCAUGGACAAGCGUUACUUCAUGUGUCCACCAAAGCAGGGCUUGUUUGUAAAGCUCAGCUCCUGCUCUCUGGAUAUCCCUCACGCUAGUGCAGGAGAGAAAGUGCCAACCUCCAGCACCAGCACCAAACAAACCACACAACACUAUGAAACCGACGGUGAGAGUGACAAUGUUCCGCCUGUCAACUCAGAGGAUGUAGAACGUCUGCUUAUUGGUCGCAUGAAGGGCAUUCAAGGUCACUGCAACUCCUGUUACAUGGACUCUGCCCUUUUCAGCUUGUUCUCCUGUUCAUCGGUGCUUGACUCAUUACUCUUCAAACCUGCUGAGCCCAAGGACCAGCCCAUCCAGAGGACAUUACUGCGGGACAUUGUCAACCCCCUACGCAGGCAUGGCUUUGUGGAGGCCAGCAGUGUAAUGAGGCUUCGUAAACAGCUGCAGGAGAGAGGCUACUGCGCCACCUUCACCACAGAUGAGAAAGAUCCAGAGGAGUUCCUCUCUCUUAUCAUGAAUAAGAUCCUCUCUCUGGAGCCACCCAUUAAACUUUGUUCAGGAGGGAGAAUACAGAGCAGUUUCUGCUACCAGAUCUUCCUGGACGACACCCACAAUCUGAUCCUGCCCACGGUGCAGCAGCUCAUGGAGCAGUCCUUCUACAGCGGACAACUCAAACUAUCUGAGGUUCCCUCCUGCCUGAUUCUACAAAUGCCACGUUUUGGGAAGAACUUUAAGAUGUUUCAAAAGAUCAUUCCCUCUCUCGAACUGGACAUCACUGCUCUUAUAUCAGAGGGUCCUCAGCAGUGUCUACUGUGUGGUGGUCUUGCUGGCCUGGAGUGUGCAGAGUGCUUCAGGGAUCCUGCUUUCAACACCAACGGCUUCAAAUACUUCUGCCACACAUGUUCCUCUCAGGUGCACAGCCAUCCUAGCAGACGGUCCCACAAACCGUGCCCGUGCUUCAUGCCUGAUGGCUGCUUACACUCCGUGGCCCCUCCGAGGGACAAGAUGGAGCUGUUUGCGGUGCUCUGCAUCGACACCAGCCAUUACGUGUCCUUCCUGAAGUACGGGCCCAACACCACCGACUGGGCAUUCUUUGACAGCAUGUCUGACAGAGAAGGUGAGAGCGAUGGUUACAACAUCCCUGAGGUGCGCGCGUGUCCAGAGGUGGCCCGUUACCUGGACAUGCCUCUCACCCAGCUGGCUCACCUGCAGCCCCGGGACAUGGGUGACCUGGCCAAGCGCCUCUUCUGUGACGCCUACAUGUACCUCUACCAGAGCCCCAACGUCUCACUCUAUCACUAAGGUCCUGGUUACGCGUAUGCGUAUAUUUCAUUUUAGGAUAGUGGGAUAUUUUUUAAAUCGGAGUUUUGAAAUGCACAAAACCAACACGUUUUCAAAAAUAUCUACAUAUGUUAGGUGUGAACAGCUUCACUGGUACGUACAUGGAUACUUUGUGAGAUUUCAGGAGAAAAAACAUCCAUCCAUACCUUGCUACAGCACCUGUGCGUAACAGUAGCUAUUUGAAUGUAUUGUCACUAUUCAUGUAAUUCGUCAUUUAUAUCUAGUUAGGAUUAGAUGGUGAAAAAAAGCUGCACAUUUUUUAUGUUUCUACUGACACACAUUCACUUUAUGUGCCCUGUCCCUGGGCAUAACUUUGUUUUCAUGCCCUCACUGUCAGCCAUGUACUUAAACUGCAAUUUAGCAGAAAGAUACGAUGCAUCUAAUCUCUUGGCACUUAACCCAACUUAAUGCUGUGUAUAUUCAGUAUGAAACAAAGGGAUUUUAUUGUGUUGAGAACUGGAGAACUGGAGAACUGGCUUCAUUUGUCUGUGGAGUACAUUCUGUAUAUCUUGCUUGUAAAUUUGCUGUGCUCAUUUUACUUAACUUUGAAUCAGUGAUUGCACUUUUUUAUUUGCUUAUUUAUCUGGUUGAACCUGACAGCUCAUGAAAAAACAAUGUCUGCUGGGCUUCUUAUAAUCAUCAGUUUACCUACCAUGGUGUGUGCGCGUGUGAGCUUUUCUUAAUCAUGAUUUUACUUAUUAGGUUUACUGAGGGCCCAGGUGAGGUGAGGGCCCUUUUCUUGUAAUGUCAGGCACCUUCGAGUCACUGAAUUUGAACCAGGUAUUACUGGAUUGUAAAAACUACAAACAAUUAGUCAAAGACCUGUGCAAGUACCCUGGUAGACAGGAGAUGCAUGUUAAGCAGAAUAACAGCCAGAGGGGUACAUUUGACACAACUCAUCAAUAUUGAUGGAGGGUAAUCACUAUCCAAUGUGAAGUACCAUAUUUUGACAGAAUCUAUGCAAAUCCUGCUAGCCAAUCAGACCGGGCUAUUCGCUGCUGAGAAAUGCUCUCAUUACUACUGUGUGAAUAAGAUGUCUGUUUUUUUUAAAUAUAGCACCAGGACCAAAUGGGGAAAUUACAUUAGGUUAUUAAAUUGUGAAAUUAAGUGUGCAUAUUCUUUUCAUGAUUUCUUUUUAAAGCCAUUGUUUAUACCCUUAUCUUGUAUGCCAAAUGAGCUUUUCCAUUGUGUAUUCUUUGUCAGACUAAAUCCUGCUUGGGAAUAAGGGUUGGUUUGAAUAAUAUAUCGAUAUAUUGUGUUGAUAUAAAAAAAGUACACAUUACAGAAACAUAACAACCUGACUGGUUUAGUCCAUGUUUGUGGAGUGCUUAACUUGAAUGAAUGAACAGAAU